UACAAGAGGGAUCGAAGGGCCCUGCUCGUUAGAGCUUAUUAUACAGGAUUUAUAUAGCACCAACAGUUUGCUCACCACUUUAUGAAAUAAAGGCAGAUGGUACAUUUACAAUUCAAUUCAAAACAAGAGGGACCAGAGGGCCCUACUCAUUAGAGCUUUUAAUGGAAGAGGGAGGGUCAAGUGAUACGAAAGGUAGUAUUGGUGGGGAAUGGGCUGAUGGAGAAAGUAAAAGUAUAAUGUAUUAGGCUGGCCAUACAUUAUACACAUCUCUUGUACAAUUUUCCUUUAGAUUUACCUAAAUCAUAUAAUAUGAGGUCAAACCUAAACUAUUUCAAUUGGUAUACAAUCAGUCCUUGCACUACAUAGUUGAAGGCAAAUCUAAAAGCCAGUUCAUGCUGCAGCAAUGCGGAAACCCUGCAAAUCCACUGCAAAAUUCCCACAUCACAUGUCUCCCGGCGAGAGUUCACGCUGCCCUAUGCAAACUGUUGGGAGUGUCAAUUAAAAGUUAAUGACACCCCCAAGUCAGUUCGCAUUUCACAGUGUGAGCUUCAAACUCGGACAGGAAUCGCACCCAUGCGAUUCUGUUGCGGACCAAAAAUCGGGUCCUGUGUGAGUUUUAUGCAAAUUCAACCAUACUAUCUGACUGAAAUUGCAUCAUACAGAGAUCGCAUGUGAUUUGCACUGCAGUGCAGUGUUAAUCACAUCCAAUCUCGGACAUCGCACUAGUGGGAACCGGCCAUAAAGGAAAUUGAACAAGAAAAUUGUACAAUGUAUGGCCAGCCUUCGUUAGAAGCAGGAUAGGAUUCCCUCAAGAGAUAAGUUUUCAUGGAUCCCCUAAUGGAGGACAGAGUAGGAGAUAGCUGGACAGAUUGGGGUAGGGAAUUCCAGCGAAUGGAAUAGGUUCUGGAGAAGUCUUGGAGGCAAGCAUGCGAGAAGGUGACGAGGGAGCUAAAGAGCUAUGAUAUAGUGUUUCUUCAAAAUGCAGAAGCGGCUUUAACACUGGAUGAUGAAAAGUGAAAAACGCAAGGCAUAUGUUUUAGCUUGCAUUACUUGAUGUAAUAGUGCUUUCAUUUUUGUCACUUGCUUGAGGCCGAUAAAAAAAAAAAAUGGUAACCAUUCUUAACUGGUAAUUUUAGCUUUGAGAUGUGUAUAGGGUAUAAUGACUAUCUGACUUGGACUUUCGUUUUCAUUCAGGCAUUGCAGUAGUGCAUUAGCCCACCACACUUUGUUUUUGUGGGCAGUCUGGUUACCUGGGAACUUUUUUGCUUUACAUGGUUGUAAGGCAGGAGAUGUAUUGUCAAAUAUAUUCACUUCAGGCUUUUUGUUGAUAGUAGAAGACCUGAUAUGUAAAAGUGUUGGUGCCAAGAAGUACCACCACUUGGUAAUACAGUAAGCAGAAAUGAUCCUGUGAAGAGCUGCGUAAAAGCUGUCUUCAGUGGAGAGCCUAGGUAAAGGUAUGCUUGGAGUACUUUUUGUCUUUAGUACAGCUGUAAUGUGUGUUGGCCAGAAUUAACAGUUUACUCAUUGCACUUUCUAAAAGAUGUGUAAGCAACAGCAUGUUGGAUGACCAUCUUUUGGAUUGGGUUGCAUUGUCUGCAAUGCCUAUAUAUAGAAGACCACUUUUGUCACUGACAUAUUGAGGUGGAAAUCUGGAUUAAAGAACAUGCAGUAAAUAAGUCAAUGGUUAUACAUACUUUACAUAUGCACCAUGUUUGCCACGGAGUUCUAUGGCUUUCCAAAAAACGAGAGAGGAAGUUGUUACAACUAAACUUUUCUGGUAGAAAAUGGAAAUGUUAUUUUCAUAUGCACACAAUUAAAUCAUAUUUAGGUUUUAUUAUGUAUCACAACACAGGAAGCAUUUUCAUCACAUAGGAUGUGACAUGAAGACGCUUGUAUUUAUAAAAGACCGCUUUUUUUUAUAAUCAACCAUUAUCUUUUUCGCUUUGGGCAUUGCCUUUAUAUCCUGGAACAUUUAUAGGGUCUGUGUCCAUUUAUGUUCAGCAGAAUGUGUUUUGUUUUUUUCCCCCCCUUGUCACUAAAAUUCCAUAGACAGCAAUUAAGGCUAUGGAGGCCAGCAAGAGGUUAGCUAGCCUUCCUCAGUGAAAAAAGGAAUUGUUUGCCAUAUACAACACUCCCUUUUUUCCUUGUGGUGAAUAGAAGAUUUGCUUAAAGCUGAUGACUUAUGCUUUUUUUUUUUUUUUUCUUGCAAGCUCCACAGCACAGCUAGGAUUCGGGGAAUCAGUCAGAGAGCAGAAGGCAGCUAAUUAAGUCCAGCAUCCUCUUUCUUCUGCUCAAUCCCCUCCUUUAACUUAAUAGCUGUGGCCCUGAACCUUUUAUGUGUCUGAUAAUAUAACUUGGAAAAGAAGUCGUGUGUACACGAUUGCAAUCACAUGUUGCUUUCAAGAAGUGCUUAAUCAGAGAUUUGGAGACAGAAAGCUGAACAAGAGCAAGAAUUGCAGAUUCUAGUAACUAUUGUUUGACUUCCUAAAUGCCGAAGCUGUCGAGAGAACAGUCUGAUGAAGAGUCAGAGGAGUCUGUGAAGUUCAAGAGGCUUCACAAGCUAGUGAACUCUACUCGCAGAGUCAGGAAGAAGCUUAUCAGAGCAGAAGAAAUGAAGAAACCCAAUACAGAAGGUCUGGAAGAUGCAGUUCACAGCACUCCUAUUGUGGAUGAUAAAUCUGCACUUUAUUCUGGAGUUCAUAAGAAGCCGCAAUGUAGAGAUAAUUCACUGGAAAAAACACUGCCAGAAGAUGGCCUAUAUUCAGUGUCGCCAUCAUCUGGAAACCUUGAGACAAUGAGUGUUAACCGAAAACUUGUAAAGACUUUGAGCAAAUCCGAUAGCAGGGGUCUAAUCAAACCCCCAAAGAAGAUUGGAACAUUUUUUUCCUAUCCAGAGGAUGAAAAGUCCCAAAAAGUCUCUCGCUCCAUGACAGAACGAGAAUUAAAGAAAAGCCUAGGCUCUUUAAACCAUGGGGUAAGUACAGAAAGUGUUUGUUUUUAUGACAGAAACAGGAACAAGCAUCACCUUUUGGUUUCUUUGGAAGAGGUACAGAACAUCAGAAAACAAAUACGACUGAAGAAACUUGACUCGAACUACUCAUGUGCUAGAGCUUUUCUCUGUCAGCGACCAGCCAGGAAAGGAAUGCCCUCCCCUGCCUGUGAUCAACAAACUUUCCGCCAGAGGUGUAGAAGUGGCAACAGUGUCUUUCCUAACCGAAGGCCACGAGGUCGAACAGUCAGUGAAUUUAACAUAACCUAUGUGGUGGAGAAGAGUCUGUACAGUCAUUUGAACUUAACCCACCUUGUACGCCCUGUAAGUGACAGGACUCUUAGCAAGGCCGAGAAGAGAUGUCUGUUAGAAGAGGAAGAGGAGGCUGAAAGAAAAUGGGCUGCCACUGUUGACCGCUGUACUAAAAGGGUUCUCUUGAGAAUCCACCAAAAGUCUAGGACCUGCAGCUUUGGUGGAUUUGAUAUUGGUAAUCGUUCAAUACAUGUUGGAAAUAAUGCCGAUUCACUGGAAAAAGAUGGACAAGUUAUAUACAAGGAAGUCAUCAAAUCUCCCAGCACACCAAGGAUAUCACUUGGUAAAAAAGUGAAGUCUGUCAAGGAAACCAUGAGGAAGAGGAUGUCCAAGAAAUACACAAGUUCUGUGUCAGAGCAGGACUCGAGUAUAGAUGGCAUGCCUGGCUCUCCUGAAUCUCCUCAUCCCCCCACCAGCACACUUGAUAAGCCAAAACUCAAAGCUGGGGGCUCAGUGGAAAGUCUUCGAAGUUCCUUGAGUGGCCAAAGUUCCAUGAGUGGCCAAACUGUCAGCACAACAGAUUCAUCUGCUAGCAACAGAGAGAGCGUCAAAUCUGAGGAUGGUGAUGAUGAGGAGCCGCCAUACAGAGGACCUUUCUGUGGCCGAGCCAAAGUUCAUACAGAUUUCACCCCCAGCCCUUAUGACUCUGAUUCUCUGAAACUUAAGAAAGGUGACAUAAUUGAAAUUAUAAGCAAGCCUCCAAUGGGCACAUGGAUGGGUCUUUUGAACAAUAAGGUUGGCACUUUCAAGUUCAUAUAUGUGGAUGUUAUCAAUGAAGUUGAAGAGAAGCCCAAGCGGCCAAUAAGGAGACGGCGUAAGGGACGACCACCGAAGCCAAAAUCUGUUGAAGAUCUUUUGGAUCGCAUCAAUCUUAAGGAGCACAUGCCAACCUUCCUCUUCAAUGGAUAUGAAGAUUUAGAUACUUUCAAGCUUCUGGAAGAAGAUGAUUUGGAUGAACUGAACAUCCAAAAUCCAGAACACAAAGCAGUCCUCCUUACAGCUAUUGAAUUGUUGCAGGAAUAUGACAGCAACAGUGAUCACUGUGGAUCUCAAGAGAAAUUGCUAACAGAAGGAGAGAUUGCAGGCUCCCCUCGAGACUCUGGCUGCUAUGAAAGCAAUGAGAAUUUUGAACAUGGCAAAAGUCCAGUGACUUCUCCAUUGUUGCCUAAGCCCUCCACUACUCAGCUCACGGACUACCCAGGUCUGAAAGUGACCAAAGAAGUAUCACAGGGAGUCGAUGAAAAUGUCGGACAGCUUCAUGAUCACACUUUCUACACAAAGUUAGUCAACCUUACAGGAACUAAAAAGAACAGAAGAAGUCUACCUGUUGGGGUCUGUGCAAACAAUGAACAAGAUGGGCAAAAAUCUCUAAAGCUCUGGCCAAGAUCACACUCAUUGGAUAAUCUUCAACAGGAAGGAAACGAACUUCAGUGUAUUAAUGAAAACAAUGUUUUUUCACUGGAUAAAACAGGAUCUACUAGUGUGUUUGAGGAAGGAACGGGAGAUGUACAUGACAAAAUACCUUACAAUAUGAAUACUGUGGCACAUGACAGGGCUGUUGAGCGCAUUGAAAUCGCAAGGACAUCUCAUAUACAAAGCCAUGAUAAAGACUGCAGAGCCCAAAACACAAAUGAUUUUUCACGCGUAUCUACGGACAAACCAAUGGUAACUUCUGUAGAGCCCAGAGUCCCAGCAAAAAACCCUUCACAGCCUCCCCCAGUUCCUGCCAAAAAAUGCAGAGAGCGAUUUGCUAAUGGGCUGAGCCAUCCUCCUCUUAGUCUUACUAUUUCCAAUACUGAAGAAUCUUCUCUUCCUGUUAUAAAAUCAGGCUUAUUAGGACCAAAUGAAAGCUCUAUACUCCCUGCACAAGAGUGUGUUUCUCCAACCACCUCACGGCUGUCAUGGUUUCCCAAUUCCCCAGAUGCUCCAAAUGUUCCACAACAUGCUGUAAAACUGGGCCCUGUAUCAGCCAGAAAGUUGACUGUUGCCAGAGGAAUGGAUCAAGAAUUAUUAAUAGAAAACAAGCUGCAGGAUGAAGAAAUUGAUCUUACAGAGGAACCAUACUCCGAUAAGCAUGGUCGCUGUGGUAUCCCAGAAGCUUUAGUGGAGCGAUAUGCUGAAGACAUGGCACAGCCGGUAAAAGAUGUUGCAGGCUGGAUGGACGAGACUCGUGUCAGACUUCUGCGAAAACAACAUCGCAUGGCUAUACCAAGCGGAGGUCUAACAGAGAUCUGCAGAAAACCUGUAUCUCCUGGGCAUAUUUCAUCUGUUUCCGACUGGCUUAUAUCAAUUGGCCUUCCUAUGUAUACAAGCCCUCUGUUGGAAGCUGGAUUCACAACAUUAAAUAAAGUGCCUGCUCUCUCACAAACUCACUUACGAGGCAUUGGAAUAAAAGAAGAGAGACAUAUAAACAAAAUACUAGAAGCGGCAAGACUUAUAAAGACCAUAACACCAGAAGCAGUUUAAAUUGUGGAACUGUAUUUGGAGACCUGCUUAUACCAAUAAAUAUGGUUGCCAGUACACAAUGAACAGUGAAGCACGAUUUUCAGAUUGGGUCUUUAGCUUGCAUGACGUAAUGUUGGCAGAACUUUGGUCCGUUCAACUAUAUGAAUUGCAAGCUGCAAUUCUGACUAUUCUAUCUGUGCAUCUAAAAGACCUGUGAGGUUGUGGAUAAAGAGGAGUGCUUUACGGUAUCUACACACACUAGUCUUUCGCUUACUUUCAGAUCUGUUGACUUGCCUACAAUAGGCCAACAUAUUACAAUGAAUUUAAAUGAACAUUUGAAAAACUAAUGCAAAUGUGCUUUUACAUAUUAAUAACAUUAGCAAUUGAUGUGGCUUAACUGCAGUAACAAUCUUAUUUUGCCUUAAAUUCUUCAUUUUCAAUAAUGACUUUAAAACAAAGUUUGUUUAAUCGGUUAUACAAAUACAUCAUCAUCAAUAGUGGAAUGUGUUUUCAAAAGCAAGUAUUUUGCUGAAUGCUACGUCGUUCUAUUGUAACUUUCACUUGUACAAGAGACCAUUCAAAGUCUGUGCAUUAUCAGUAUUAAUUCAAGAAAAGUCAACAAUGUAACUAGCAGAAAUUGUUCCACAGGGUUGCUCUUUACUAUAUGAUAUAAACCAGUUACAGUAAGUGAUCUCAACAACUGUAUUGCUAAGCUUUGCACAGCUUCUGAAUUCUAAUACAGAAUGCAAACCUACAUACUGUACGUUACCCAAAAUUGAAAGAAUGAAAAUGUAUGGGUAGUUUAAUGGGUUCAUGUUAGCAUUUAUACAGCACAUGUUAGAGCAGGUAUUAUACGAAGACUGGCUGAAAAGGGAAAGCAUUAGAAGGGAUUACAAUUUCUGCAAAUUUAUUGCCAACAAAUACCCUUAUGUAUGUCAAAGCACAAUGUGGGGAUCUUGUGGUCUGUGGCAACAUUUUCAUUGGCUUAACCCAUACGCCAGCCAUGUUUGUAAAGCUCUCCAGAUGCAUUUGAUUUCAUCUCUUGUUUAAAAGUAACAUAGUAUUUGAUAAAGCAUAUAUACAGUAUACUGUAUGUAGUAAAAAAAAUCAUGUUACAACAACCUGCAUUGAUGGGUGAGACAGUUAUGAAGUCAGUACUUGAUGGAUCGCUAACCUAGAAAGUAGCCACGCAUUCAACAUGACCUGGCGAAUGAGUUAGGUAAAAAAAGACAUAUAGCCAUUAGGUUUAACCAAAA